UGCUCAUCGUAAAUGUUAUGACAGCCGGCUAUUUUACGAAUGAGAUUGGUAUUAUAGUUUUUUUAUACAUCGUUUUUACAUGAAAUCGUAAUGUAACUGUUCUAGCUAGUGAAAUCAUUUCGAUGUUAAAAGUUUACGGUCUAAGACGAACAAAAUGCUUGGUGUAGUUAUAAACUCGUUCAAAUAUAGAGCAGCGACAGUAAGCAGGAGUAUUACGAUCGUGCUAAGGCAAUCUCACAAAGCAGCAGUUCUACGAGAAGUGGGUAAACCAUUGGUUUUGGAAACCGUAAAGCGAGUCGAUCAGUUAAAGCAUGAUGAGGUUCGCAUCAAGGUACAUUACUGCAGUCUUAACACAACGGACGUGCAAAUCAUCUCCGGGCAGCAUACGGAACUGAAGGUUCCACUUCCAUUUAUUCCAGGUCAUGAAGUUUCCGGUGAAGUGGUUGAGAUUGGAUCUAGCAAUCCGAACUUUCUAAAGCGUGGUGACCGGGUUGUGGCAAUGAAUGACUUGCAGGACCCCAAUGGAGGUUUGGUAGGGGAAAUGGUGGUUAAAAAUCGGGACGUGUGGCAGGUUCCAUCGGAAAUUCCCCUGCGAGAGAUGACGGUAUUGCCUUACGGACACGGAACAGCACUGCUGACAUUCGCUUCGUUCUGUCCACUUCAAGAGAACGAUUUGGUACUGAUAACUGCCGGUCCUGCCGGAAUGGGACUGGCAGCGAUUGAUUUAGCUGUUAAUGUGUACAAAGCGAAGGUGAUCGCCAUCUGCGAUACCGAGAGUAGUUCGGAUUUGGUUAGAGAAAAAGGUGCUUACAAGACGGUUAGCUUUGGCAAAAGCUUCACCAAGCUUUACAAGAACAUAGCGGAUGCGAUGGGAGAAAAGAAGGCUAAAGUAGCGUAUGACGCAGUCGGGAACGGAUUGCUUCAUUUGCUGGCGGAUUUUGUGGACCCCGAACAAGGCGAGAUGUUUUCAGUUGAUCCAUUCUACACUCCUGAGAAACUCAAGACUUCCAAGCCAAAGUAUGACCUCCCGAAGAAAAAGGAACGUACAGAGCAAGACGAUCAAAAUGCUGCCAAACUGAUUGAUAGCGUCAAACAUGUCGAUUUGUACGAACAUCCAGACGAGGACACGUACCGGCAAAUGAUAACGGAUACAAUCGAGAUGCGAGCGGAAGGCAUGAUUGCUGGUCAUAUUAGCAAACUUUUCUUACUGAAGGAAAUCCAGGAUGCGAUUGCUUUCAUCGAGAAGAAACAGUGCACUGGGAAGGUAUUGAUCGACGUCAAGUGCAGUGAUGAUGAUGACUGCGAAGAUGAGAAAGUGGAGGGAAAAAAGGAGAAGAAGGAAGAUUAAACAAGCGUCAGUUACUUAAUUUGCGUUACAAAUCUAAGUUUAAUAAUUUGUUUUUGAAGUCCGCUCAGACAUUGCAACUAAUAUAUAGCAUUUAUUAUUCUAAUAAC